UAUAGCUGACCUUUCUCUGUCUCUCUCGCUCUCUCCCGAAAAUCUACAUCCAGGUUUAUCGAAUAGGGUUUUAGCUUUUAGGCCGUUGCAGCAUAGACUCUCAAGCGCAAAGACAAUGGCUUUGACACUGCGAGCAGCGGCGGCGGUGGCCGCCGGUUCCACUCGUGGCUUGGGGCGGCUCUUCUCAACAAGUUUCAUUCCCCCAAUGAACUCUGCAACGCCUUCGGCUCGAGAGCAGGCUGAGCCGAGCACCAACCUCUUCGUCUCCGGGCUCAGCAAACGUACUACUACAGAAAAAUUACACGAAGCCUUUUCUCAGUUUGGUGAAGUAGUUCAUGCUAGAGUGGUAACUGAUCGAGUAUCAGGAUAUUCCAAGGGGUUUGGUUUUGUAAAGUAUGCUACCCUAGAAGAUGCUGCCAAAGGCAUAGAAGGGAUGGAUGGAAAGUUUCUUGAUGGUUGGGUCAUAUUUGCUGAAUACGCAAGACCCAGACAGCCAACUCCACCACCUCAGAACAAUAUGGCUUCACCAUAUAGCCGUUAUUAAAUCCUGUGUCCAAGGCGAGAAAGCUUGUCAGGUUAAUAAUAUUUAUCACCAGCUGGAAUUCAUUGAUCAUACUUCAUCAUUUUUCGGUUUAAGGUUGGGUGGUCUUCAUUGCCUGGAAUUUCAUAAAUGAGGUGGGGAUUGUCCUAAUCUGACAACCAAUCAAGAUUAGGAAGUCAAAUGUAGCAUCAUUCAUAUGUUUUAAUGUAGUCUGCAAGACUGUUUGCUUUUGUCAACAUGUAGCGGAACUUCUACUGAUAUAUCAUAUAUUCUAGACCUCUUUUUGAACUUGAA